GGGAAUAAGAACAGAGUUGAGGCCAAAAACUCCCGGAAAGAAAGAGAAGGUGCCGUUGGCGUCAUGGAACUUAUCACAUGCUGAAAAAAAAACUGUUUGCUCAUCCUUUCUUAAAAUGAAGUUACCGGAUGGAUUUUGUUCAAAUAUCAAGAAUCUGGUAAAUAUGGAAAAAUUACGACUUGUUGGAAUGAAAUCACAUGAUUGUCACACGAUAUUGCAUCAUUUGCUUCCAAUUUCCAUUCGAUCAGUACUGCAAAAAGAAGUCAGGUGCACAAUUAUUAAGUUUUGUCUCUUCUUCAAGGCAAUUUGUAGUAAAGUCAUCGAUAUAGAUAAAUUGGAAAAAAUCCAAUCUCAGUUGGUGGAAACAUUAUGCCAGCUUGAAAAACACUUCCCUCCCUCCUUCUUUGAUGUGAUGAUCCAUCUCUCAAUUCAUCUCGUGAGAGAGGUUAAGCUUUGCGGGCCAAUAUUCCUACGUUGGAUGUAUCCUUUCGAAAGAUACAUGAAGACGUUUAAGGGAUAUGUACGGAAUCCAGCUCAUCCUGAAGGAUGUAUUGCCGAGGCAUAUGUUGCCGAAGAGGCCGUCGAGUGUUUGGUAAAUUUUGAAGAAGCUACCAUUGGAUUGCCGCGAAAUCCUAGGCAAGAGCAGAAUGAUGGCAGGCCCUUAUCUGGUGCAACUAUGAUAAAGCCAAUCAAUCACGACUUGCACCUAGCACACUUGUGUUUUUUGCAAAACAGUAAUGACAUAAGGCCAUAUUUUGAGGAGCAUAUGGCAUCUUUGAUGACGAGAUUCAAACACCAUGAAAAUGAUGAAGUCUGGCUAAAAAAUAAGCAAAAUGAUACAUUCCCCACAUGGUUCAGGAAAAAGAUUGAAUCAGAAUUGUUGGACGAACACAAUACUAUAACUGACGAGAUAAGGUGGAUGGCAGAAGGCCCGAACAAGAUUGUGCCUACAUUUAGCGUAUAUAAAAUCAAUGGUGUUACUUAUAGCACGAAGGAGCGUGAUGAUAAACGGCAAGUUCAGUGCAGUGGUGUUUGUGUGGUUGCAGAUACAAUGCUUGUGCAGGGUAAACAUGUUAAGCAAGUAUGUUACAUUGAGGAUCCUCUUGAAAAAAAUUGGUCUGUUGUGUUGAAAUUACCGGAAAAGAACUACUAUGACCACUGUGAUGACGAAAAUGAUGGAUCGGUAGAAAUAGAACUUGAGAAUGAGUUACAUGUGCCAACGUUCCCGAAUGAUGACGAACAUGACGAGGAAAAAGCUAGUUAUAUGAGGGACGAAGAAGAAUGGAUCCAACUUUCAUGAUGGGUUUACUGAUGAUGUUGAUCAAGGUGAGAUGAUGUUGAU